UCUCAAACCGAGGACUUGGUAAUAAAUUUUCAAGCUCCAACAACCCUCUCCCAAAUAAAAGAGAUUAAAGCCCUUCAUCGCUCUCUCUUUCCUCCCCCUCCUUUGUUCCAUCAAUGGACUGCAAAUUUGCAAAUCCCACCUUAAUCUCUCCAAAAUCCCCGCUAAAUCUUCAGCCCUCGCGGCCACCGCCAAAACUUCAAUUGACUCAGAGAUUGAAGAAUUCAAGAAUAAAGAAGAGACUUUUGGCAAGUAGAGCUUGUAGCGGGUCGAAUGAAUCGGAUUCAGGAGGUGGGUUUGUUGUAAACCCUAGCAAGAUUUUCAUGGAAGAGGCUAUUGGUGCUGAAUAUGGUGAAGGUUUUGAGACUUUUCGAAUGGAUGGCCCCCUAAAGGUAGACGUGGAUUACUUAAAUGAGAAAUUGCAAGAAUGCUUCCUCCAAAGAAUACGACAUGCUAUGAAGCCAGAUGAAUCUUUUGGUCUUAUCUUCUCAUGGGACAAUGUUGUGGUUGAUACCCGCUCAUUGAAGUUGGAUGCUUGGAGACAACUUGCUUCUGAAAUGGGACGAGAUUUUCCAAGUGAUGCUCCUCUACAACGGGCUAUUCUUCAUGCAGCACCAGAACACGCUCUGCAAAAGGUUCUUUGCUGGGAGACAAGUGAAAAUGGAUUAAAAAGAUUGAAGUCGAGACUCCUAGAUAUAUAUUAUGAGAAGAUUCUCAAAAUUGAUAAGCCAAUGGAUGGGCUGAAAGAAUGGUUGGAUGCACUGUAUACAGCGGGCGUCCCUUGUGCUAUCGUAUCAUGUCUUGACCGAAGAAACAUGCUUCAAACUUUGGAAAGGAUGGGGCUGAACAAAUAUUUCCAGGCUUUUGUCACUGAGGAGGAUGGAAUGGAGUCAAUAGCUCAUAGAUUUCUAUCAGCAGCUGUAAAGUUGGAUAGAAAGCCUUCCAAAUGUGUAGUAUUUGAAGAUGAUCCGAGAGGUGUUACUGCUGCUCACAAUUGUACAAUGAUGGCGGUGGCUUUAAUUGGCCCUCAUCGUGCGUAUGAGCUGGUGCAAGCUGAUCUUGCUGUUGGGAGUUUCAGCGAGCUCUCUAUAAUCAACCUUAAAAGGCUGUUUGCAAACAGAGGAACAAAUUUCAUGGAUUUACAGAAACAGAUAAUCGAGAAAUCACCUCCAAAACGAAAGCUCAUGAUCGACACAAUCUUCUGAAAUGUAUACUUCUGCCCUAAUUUUUAAUUUCCUCUCACAUUACAGUCCUGCUAGCAGUCGUUAGCGGGAGAAAGUUGUGUAUAUAUGAAGUAGCUUCAGUUACUUUGAAAUGGUAAUGAUCCUUCUGUACAGUUUGAGAUCUGGGGUUAGUAGAGAGCUCAUUUCAGCAUCAUAUCAUUUUCAUGCA